AAAGGAACUCUCACUUUCCAUUACAGAGUCCCUCUACCAUUUCUUAACCAUACUUAACCAUCAACUAAACCUUCUUCAAAUUUAUCAAUCUUAUGCAUCUCUCCGGCCACCGAUCUGAACCACUCUUCACCAUCUUCUUCAACCACCAUAAACUGAAAAACUAAAAGAAAUCAAUUAAUCAUGUUAACCACUCAGAGUCACCAUCACGACUAUGACCAAAGCGACGAUGAACAUGUCCGCGACAUCCACGCCUUGACUCCUCCACACCCUCAGCCGGUCUCCACCUCAGGCCCCAGCCGUAGGCGGUGGGACACCAGCGGCAGCGUCAGAUCAUCUUCUUUGUCCAUGGCCAGCGAGGUCAGCACAGAGAACUUCACAUCCAUAAGCCGAGAAUUCAGCGCUCUUGUCCUCGCCGGAUCCACAAUAAACGCCGACUCGGUAAGUGGUGACGGCAACAAUAACAACUCCAACAGCAACAACAGUAAUAGCCAUAAUUUGCGUAGGAUUGGGGAGGAUCACGAGUUGCCAGAGGGGGAAGAGACUAAUCCUUUGGCGAUUGUUCCGGAUUACAGUAAUCCGUUAGAUGUUCCGGGGGAGGUGGGAGGAGUUAGUGGUCGUGUCGGUGGUGGUGAGUUGUCGGUGCAGAGGGUGAAGAAAGAGGAGGUGGAGACAAGGAUAUCGGCAUGGCAGAACGCGAAGAUUGCAAAGAUUAAUAAUAGGUUUAAGAGAGAGGAUGCUGUGACUAAUGGUUGGGAAUCAGAGCAAGUUCACAAGGCUAAUUCUUGGAUGAAGAAAGUUGAGAGGAAGUUGGAGGAGAAAAGAGCAAGAGCACUAGAGAAGAUGCAGAAUGAUGUGGCAAAAGCAAGAAGAAAAGCAGAGGAGAAGAGGGCUUCUGCUGAGGCUAAGAGAGGAACAAAAGUUGCUAGGGUUCUUGAAAUAGCCAAUUUAAUGAGAGCUGUUGGUAGACCCCCUGUCAAGCGUUCUUUCUUCUAAACCCUUCUUAACUUACUAUUAAUCCUGCAAAUAUUGUAUGGGUUCCUUCACUUUUUGGACUUUUAGGAACCCUAAUUAUUGAUGGGGUUGUAUUUUGAGUGUUUUCAUGUGUAUUGAUGAAGGUUUUGAGGACUUGUCUUUGGUGAUGUUAUGUGAAACAACUUUCUUGUUUCUUGCGCAAAGAUUCACCAUAGCA